AUGGCGUCCAAAGCCAUUCCUUCCCACCUUCGUCCUUCAGCCGCCUCUGGCAACGGUAGCAACGGCGCGCCUUCUGAGAAGAGACACCAUGGCAAGACACAAUCUCAUGUGGCCUUCGAGAACACCUCUACCAAUGUCGCGGCCAGUCAGAUGCGAAACGCCCUCAACGCCCUUGCGGACACGGUGAAGGAUCCUGCGGAAAAGAAGAGAUUUGAGGCGGAGAUGGACAACUUCUUUGCACUGUUCAGAAGAUAUCUCAACGACCGAGCAAAGGGAAAUACCAUUGACUGGGCAAAGAUUAACCCUCCCAACCCAGAUCAAGUCGUCAACUACGAUGAUUUGCCCAACGGCGAUGCUGUCGAGUUCUUGAACAAGCUUGCCGUGGUUAAGCUCAACGGUGGCCUGGGUACGUCGAUGGGUUGCGUCGGUCCCAAGUCUGUCAUUGAGGUUCGAGACGGCAUGUCAUUCUUGGACCUGUCUGUCCGCCAGAUCGAGUACCUCAACCGCACCUAUGAUGUCAAUGUCCCAUUUGUCUUGAUGAACAGUUUCAACACUGAUGAAGACACCGCGUCCAUCAUCAAGAAGUACGAGGGUCACAACAUCGACAUCCUGACCUUCAACCAAUCCCGCUACCCGCGUGUCUACAAGGAUUCUCUGUUGCCCGUUCCAAAGUCCUACGACUCUCAAACGUCCGACUGGUACCCCCCUGGUCACGGAGACGUGUUCGAGUCCAUGUACAACAGUGGCAUUCUUGACCAGCUGCUUGACCGCGGCAUUGAAAUCAUCUUCUUGUCCAAUGCCGACAACCUGGGCGCCGUCGUCGAUCUCCGCAUCCUGCAACACAUGGUUGAGAGCAAGGCUGAGUACAUCAUGGAGUUGACCGACAAGACCAAGGCUGAUGUCAAGGGUGGUACCAUCAUCGACUACGAAGGCAAAGUCAGACUGUUGGAAAUUGCCCAAGUUCCCAAGCAAUAUGUCAAUGAGUUCAAGUCGAUCAAGAAGUUCAAGUACUUCAACACCAACAACAUCUGGAUGAACCUCCAUGCCAUCAAGCGCGUGGUCGAGAACAAUGAGCUGGAGAUGGAAAUCAUUCCCAACGAGAAGACCAUUCCCGCCGACAAGAAGGGCGAGGCCGACAUCAGCAUCAUUCAACUCGAGACUGCCGUCGGUGCCGCCAUCAAGCAUUUCAAGAACUCUCAUGGUGUCAAUGUUCCGCGUCGACGAUUCUUGCCCGUCAAGACUUGCUCUGACCUGAUGCUUGUGAAAUCCAACCUCUACACUCUGAGCCAUGGUCAACUGAUCAUGGAUCCCAACCGAUUCGGUCCUGCUCCGUUGAUCAAACUCGGUAGUGAUUUCAAGAAGGUGGCUCAGUUCCAGAAGCGCAUCAGCAGCAUUCCCAACAUUGUCGAAUUGGAUCACUUGACUGUCACUGGCGACGUCAACUUUGGUCGUGGUAUUGUUUUGAAGGGUACUGUCAUCAUUGUCGCGACCGAAAACAGCACAAUUGAUAUCCCACCUGGUUCGAUUUUGGAGAACGUCGUGGUUCAAGGAAGUCUGAGACUGCUUGAGCAUUAA